AGGCUUAGAUCACAUAGCAGAGAACAUCCUUUCGUAUCUGGAUGCCAGAUCGCUCUGUGCAGCAGAGCUGGUGUGUAAGGAGUGGCAGAGGGUCAUCUCGGAGGGGAUGCUGUGGAAGAAGCUCAUCGAGAGGAUGGUACGCACGGACCCGCUGUGGAAGGGGCUGUCAGAGAGGAGGGGUUGGGAUCAGUACCUGUUCAAAAACAGACCAACAGAUGGGCCCCCCAACUCGUUUUACAGGUCCUUAUACCCAAAGAUAAUCCAGGAUAUAGAGACCAUAGAAUCCAACUGGCGGUGUGGGCGGCACAACCUGCAGAGGAUCCAGUGCCGCUCCGAGAACAGCAAAGGGGUCUACUGUUUACAGUAUGAUGAUGAGAAGAUCAUCAGUGGCCUACGAGACAACUCCAUCAAGAUUUGGGACAAAACAAGCUUGGAAUGUUUAAAAGUAUUAACGGGACAUACUGGCUCAGUUCUUUGUCUGCAAUAUGAUGAAAGAGUCAUUGUAACUGGAUCUUCAGAUUCUACAGUCUGGAGCACGAGCACGUGUGAGUUUGUGCGGACCCUGAACGGGCACAAGCGCGGCAUCGCCUGCCUGCAGUACCGGGACCGCCUGGUGGUCAGUGGCUCCUCAGACAACACCAUUAGGCUCUGGGACAUUGAAUGUGGUGCCUGUUUAAGGGUUUUAGAAGGCCACGAAGAGCUGGUUCGAUGCAUCAGGUUCGACAACAAGAGGAUUGUCAGUGGAGCCUACGAUGGCAAAAUCAAAGUCUGGGACUUGCAAGCUGCUCUUGACCCUCGUGCCCCAGCGAGUACGUUGUGCUUGCGUACGUUAGUGGAACAUUCAGGACGUGUCUUUAGGCUCCAGUUUGAUGAAUUUCAGAUCAUUAGUAGUUCCCAUGACGAUACAAUUCUGAUUUGGGAUUUCUUAAACGUGCCACCGAGUGCCCAGAAUGAGACCCGCUCCCCAUCUAGAACAUACACUUACAUCUCCAGAUAACAGUCUGCACUUUACUGCCCUCAGAAGGGUUCCACAGUCUUGAACUACUGGAUUUUUUGGCUACUACAUGCCUGAAGAUGUUGAUUGACAGCUAAAGUCAGAAUUGGUUCUAGAUGCUGUGUAGUUGCAAAGCAGCACAAUUCUAUAUCUAAAUUUCUUAAUCUUCCCUGCUCUCAGUGGUCGUCUUUGAAUUUGCUACAAAUUCACUGACUUGGAGUAGAUGAAUUUCAGAAGCCUAUCCUUCCCUGCCGUGAGAAAUCCAAAGCUUCACAUGUAAAUUGUCCGUAGAAACUGAACUCUGAUGGCUUGUUUUUCAGAAAUAAAUCAGAAGUCAAGAAAGGA